CUGACUUGAAUGUUCAAGUUCCAACUCUGAUGAGAAUCCGAAAUACAUCAUUAGGUAGCAUUCUGCCUUCUAAAUACGUAGAACCAAGAAAUUCAGGACCGGUCAUCCUAAAUAUCUCAUUGUUAACGACGGAGAUAUUCAUCUUCUAACCUACUACACGCGUAUUGGGUCUUGUUCCCCGGGGAGUUUCUCGCGUUUAACGCAUCGAUUAUUUCGAGACUCGGAUUGAACAGCUGCAAGUGACAGCCCACAGGUGUUGAUUCCCCGUCUCAACCAUAUCAGGAACCACCACCUUGUUUUCAUCCUUGACUCAUCGACUUUAUUGUCCCAUCUCAUCAUCUCACCAUCUCACCAUCUUGUCCUUUGACCUGUUUAUCCGCCACCUCGUCGUGUAGAAUCCUGACGUGUUUUCAUAAUGGCUGGCUCUCUCGCGGCGCUUAAGAACUUACCUUGCCCGGCAGGGGAUGAUUGUAAUGCUUUUCAGUGCCUUUUUAAGCAUACCAAAGAUGCUAAUAUAGCUGCCACUGUCAAAAGCUCUGAGCAGUCACCCGCCCAUGCAACCGCUACGCCAUCUUCAGAUCAAGCCUUGCCGAGAAAAAGAAUUAAAUUGGACUCAACAUCGUCCUCAUCGUCACAUCUAGAACCAAAAGAGCGGCCACCUACAGCAUCCGGGAAACCUGCGUCAGCACAGUCUCAGAUUAAGAAACCUCAAGGGGCCAUGUCUCUUCAAACCGAACCGGCAGUUGGUAAAAUGCCCAAACCUCUACUUACUACAGACCGGAAGCGCCAUAUAUCAGCCGGAGAAGCUAGCCAGGUCGAUAGUAGACAAGAUGAAAGCUUGGUUGGUAGCUAUUCUUCUAAAGCUCAAGGAUUAAAGAGUUCAUCAAACUCCACACGCGCGCACAACACCCUAACACCUUCCCCUGCGGGGCAAUCAUCUAAGCCAGUACCUAAAGCAACCACUAAGAAACCAGAAGCACUAAAUCCCCGUCUCCUCAAGUCAUCACCAGCUAAGCACGACACCCGCUUGAAACUCGUCAAGGCUCUACAUGAACAAUACGUCCGCUUGAACACUGAGUUGAAGAAGGAUGCCGAUAAAGGAGCAUCUAAGCUGGUUCUUUCCGACCAGGAACUAAUCGUGAAGACGCUUGAUGACGAGCAAGAGAUGGCAAUCAAGCGAUUCCAGAUAUAUGCCAAUGCCAUAAGGAACAAAAUUAUGGCCUAUAAGCGCAUGACUGUUGUCCAAUGGAAGGAGGAAAGGAUGUCAGCUACUAAAGAUGAUAACGUACAGAACGAAGGAAAUGCACCAGCUGCGCCUGAACCCAUCAUUACUGGGUUAACGCCGACUCAGGAGGUUGAUUUCUUGCAUAGAUUGGUCUGGCCUCUGGAUGGUCUCGAGAAGUAUGGGUAUGUGGCUUCCAUCCCGUCAGCCGAGGACAUCGAAAAAGCCAAAGAGAGCGUUGAGGCUUCCGGUAACGUGGAGGUGUGCGACAGGUGCACACGACGGUUUCAGGUCUUUCCUGGUCGUAGGGGAGAAGAUGGAGCCUUGACAUCUAAUGGUUCUUGCACAUAUCAUCCGGGCAAGAUUUAUCAUACGGAGCGAGGAGCUGGCAAGUUGGCGAAAAGCCAGAAGAAAUAUCGUUGCUGCCACCAAAAUGUCGAUGAUGACUCGGGAGGAUGUACUACAGCCCCUACUCACGUCUUCAAGACAACAAAUCCUAACCGGCUUGCGAGUCUGCUCAACUUUGCUGAGACCCCCCCUAAUCCGAAUAUCCCUGCGGAUAGAGCCGUGUGCUUCGACUGCGAGAUGGGUUAUACCGUUUAUGGGCUUGAGCUCAUCCGACUGACGGCAGUGUCUUGGCCUAGCUACGAGCUGUUGCUAGAUAUCCUUGUUCAACCAUUCGGGGAAGUUUUGGAUUUGAAUACUCGUUAUUCUGGUGUGACUCCAGAGGAUAUGGUUUCUGCCGAACGAUGGUCUCCAGGAGACGACCAUAAACCAAAUUCCACUACGUCUGAGCACAAGCCAAAACUUAAACUCGUGCCAUCCCCUAAGGCGGCACGAGACCUCCUAUUUUCGCUUAUCUCUCCGUCGACCCCUCUUAUAGGACAUGGUCUUGAGAACGAUUUGAAUGCCUCCCGAAUUAUCCAUCAUACCUGUGUUGACUCAGUCCUGCUAUUUCCACAUAGGCGAGGCUUACCACAUAGAAACGGCCUUAGGAUGUUGAUGGAAACACUAUUAAACCAGAAGAUCCAGAAGGAAGCGGACGAGACUACACCAGAGGGACACGACAGCGCAGAGGAUGCCAGAGCUGCGGGCGAGCUGGCCAGACUGAAGGUGCGGGAUGAGUGGAAGGAUCUUAGAAUGAAGGGUUGGUCUCUACAAGACGGAGAGAUCAUUCCGCCGGAUGAAGCAUGGACAGUAGUAGGAGCAAAGAAGUAAGGCAUCCAACGGAGGAAUUAGCCCGUUGUUCUACGUACGAUUGUUAAAGGUUGCUUGAUUAGGUACCUACCUAUACUGCGCGGCGCUGGUAGUUUCGUUUAGCUAGUGUUAUUUUCUUAGAGCGUAUUCCGUUGCGUUAAUGGAUUCGUCUAGAUGGGACAAGGAAUGCAGACAUGAAUAAAUAUCUAAUCAACAAGGA